AUGGAUGUGGCGACUUAUUCGGGCUGGAGAGAUCUGGUAAAUGACACCAGCAGCAUGAGCGUGCACGGAAUCUUCUUUGACGAGACUCCUUCCGAAUAUACUCCAGCAAGCGCCGAAUACUUACAGAAGAUCAACAAGGCUGUAAAGACGGCUCCAGGCAUAGCUGCUGAGAAGUUUGUCAUUCACAAUCCUGGAACCAUCACUGAUCCACGCCUGCAGGACGACAGCACCGAUCUUACAGUAGUCUUCGAGAAUUCAUACGAUGAGUAUAAGAAGCAAGAGUCAGUCUUGAGUAGUCUACCAGAGGACAGAUCUCGUUACGCUUACCUCAUACAUUCCAUUUCCACUAUCAGUGGUCGCAAUUUGAAGAGAUUCGUCCAAAGUAUCAGCAAACACGCUGAGGCUCUGUUCUUGACAAGUCUUCAGGAGGAUUAUUAUGAAGCUUUUGGAUCGCAAUGGAAAGAGGUCGUGCAAGCUGUGGAUGACCUCAAUGGCUCUUGA